GAAAAAAAGGGAAAAAGAAAAAGGGGGGAAAUUAAAAAACAAGAACUUUUUUUUUGUUUUUUUUUUUCUUAUAUUCUCAUUCAGUUCAGUUUAGCUUCAAUUUGUAUAAAUUUGUUCUCCAUUUCCAAACCUUUCUUCUUCAGCGAUUUCAAUACUCUGUUCUUUCAGUCCUUUUGGUUAAUUCUUCUUCUUCUUCUUCAUUCUCUUGUAUGGUUAUGGCGAAAGCUAUUCUUGUCACUGGCGGCGCUGGCUACAUUGGAAGCCACACUGUUCUUCAGCUCCUUCUUGGCGGUUACCGGACCGUCGUCGUUGAUAAUUUGGACAAUUCCUCUGAAAUUGCUGUUCGUCGGGUCAAGGAGCUCGCCGGCGAUCUCGGCAAAAACCUUUCGUUUCAUAAGCUGGACCUCAGGGACAAACGGGCUUUGGACAAGGUGUUUGCUUCAACACCAUUUGAUGCUGUUAUUCACUUUGCUGGGUUGAAAGCAGUUGGUGAAAGUGUACAGAAACCAUUGCUUUACUAUGACAACAACUUAGUUGGAACAAUUACUUUAUUGGAAGUCAUGGCGGCCCAUGGGUGUAAAAAGCUUGUCUUCUCAUCUUCAGCCACCGUUUAUGGUUGGCCAAAGGAGGUACCAUGUACAGAAGAAUUCCCCCUUUCUGCAGCAAACCCGUAUGGACGAACCAAGCUUUUCAUAGAAGAAAUCUGCCGUGACAUUUACCUUUCAGACUCUGAAUGGAAAAUCAUAUUGCUAAGAUAUUUCAAUCCAGUGGGUGCUCACCCCAGUGGCUAUAUUGGUGAGGAUCCCCGUGGAAUCCCAAACAACCUCAUGCCCUUCGUGCAGCAAGUUGCUGUUGGCAGGCGUCCUGCCUUGACAGUCUUUGGAACCGACUAUUCAACAAAAGAUGGAACCGGAGUACGCGAUUAUAUUCAUGUUGUUGAUUUAGCUGAUGGACACAUUGCUGCAUUGCGCAAGUUAGAUGUGGCUGGUAUAGGUUGUGAAGUUUACAAUUUGGGAACUGGAAAGGGUACAUCAGUCUUGGAGAUGGUUGCAGCUUUUGAAAAGGCAUCUGGAAAGAAAAUUCCUCUUGUGAUGUCUGCACGCCGACCCGGUGAUGCUGAAAUUGUCUACGCAUCGACACACAAAGCAGAAAAGGAGUUGAACUGGAAAGCAAAAUAUGGAAUCGACGAGAUGUGCCGGGAUCAGUGGAACUGGGCCAGCAAGAAUCCUUAUGGCUAUGAAUCUCCAAGCUCCAACUAAUGGCUUAUACUUAUACUAACUCUUGAGGCCAUCUCUUAUCCUACUCGCUUUUGCAUUACUUUUACUUCUCCUCAUAGAUGUAUUUUAUGUUGUGUUAUAUAAACCUCUUGGUUAUGAUCCGUUGAUCAUCACGAGAUAUCGAUGUUUUGAAGCCUAUUUAAUAAAAAAAACUCUUUUGCUUCUUUAUUAUCA